CUUAAACCAAAUGUGUUUGCCCUUCAAUAAUAUUAAUUAAAACAAAAGGUACAACUACACAAUAUCACUAUACAGCAUUGGUAAUAAACUCUUAAGAAAGUUAUAAUAACUACAUUUGUUCAUGUAAACUUGCAUGAAUUUGACUCGCAAGACCCACGCCAGUUAUGCCAAGACAUUUUCUGUAAUACUAACCUGUUAGCACAGCUACCCUGGACAAAGCACACGAUCCAUCAAUCCCCAUCACCACCAGAACUGGUAGCCAUUGGAGCUGUUCCCCAGCGGAACAACAUCCAAAUCGCACUUAUGGAUUGUGAACAAAUAAGAAUUUCGCAGGUCGAGAUACCCUUACCCUCGAAGCCCCCACCCUACAGGCCUGGCGACGGUCCACCAUUAGCGCCUCUCAGAAUCCAGCCCGAACACGAUACGGACGCGUUUAUAGUUGACAAGCGCGUUCUUCCAGGCACCGCCCCAAAUGGUGAGCUGAAGCUUCACAUGUACUACGUAGUGGGAUGGCCAGAUCUACCUGCUGCCCGCGUCUCUAUCCUCGCGACCCAGAUAUACGACUACGUCUCACCUCGGGCUGUGGAAGACUUCGAAUAUAAAGCACUACUUGAAAGAGACGAGGAGGAAGAAAGACUUGAAGCAGAAACGAGGAGAAAGAUUGAAAUAGCAGCAAAGAAUAAAAUAAUGACUUCUACUUCAACAGCACCGAGGACUCUGAACGCACCUAGUCAGAAAAGACGUGGUCGACCAAGCAAAGCCGAUCUCCAGUCGCGUCAGCUGGCACAGCAAGCAAGUCUUAACACUUCGCAGAAUAUUGAGGUAGCGCUUCCCACAGCCAGUACAUCCGGACCGUCCCUCUCUACACCGAAAAAAAGGCCCGCCGGAGAGAUUGCAACCGAUAUAGAGGAGGAUAUCGACGAGGUGGAUCAGGAGGAUGCAAUAUACAAACAAUUAUGUGGGUACAAUGAUGGCUCAUUCGAGGACAUGGACAUGGAAGGCGAUAAGGAGGAUGGAGAUAUACCGCUAGAUAAUAUCCCCGAAACCGUGUCGUUGGGUUCCGAGUUCAGAUCGUAUGCUAGAACACUCUGGCUGAAGGAUUCGACGUUGUUCAAACGCACUAAUGGUAGUCUUACACUAAAGCCAUCGACGAGCUAUGUCCCCGUACCCGAAGUGCCCCGAUCCAAUAGACAGCUCCCACCGCAAUCUUCGCCCACACGAACCGAUAACCAUCCCCGCGUAACACCCGUCCCGAUCCCUCAACCACCAUUUAGUCUAAACAAAAGCAUGACUCCGUCGCAAUUAUCCGGCGCAAAGUACUCUACGACGCCAGUUCCGGUUCCCACACCGCUGAGGUCGAACAAAGAAGUACCGCAACCGAAACUGAAACCUGAUACCAAACAUGUUGUUACUCCAGUCCCAGUCCCAGUCCCUUCAUGGCCACGCUCAACGAAUAAGAGAGAUGGUUCUACUCAAGCUCCCCUCCCACAGCCUGCAACAGCUUCGCCGGAGUAUCGCGGCUUUACACCCGCAGGACGAAGUUCUGGCAAGUGGCCGUCGGCACAAUCCCAUUCGCCAAGUGAUAUACCUUCCCAGGCAUCUCUGCUCAAUGAGAAAAACAGCAGUACAACCCGUAAAGAAUCCGUACACUCGAAGAAGAAGCCACCUAAACCAAAGCCUACGCCCCAAAAGCUGGAGGAACAACCUCAAGUAUGGGUGGUAGAGCGACUAGAAGGUGACAAGAUGAUAAAUGUCGAUGGUAAACACGUGCGGUACUUUAAGGUGCGCUGGGAGGGUGAUUGGCCACCGGAUCAAAACCCAACUUGGGAGCCCGAAGAGAAUAUAACGCCUGCGCUCGUAAAACUGUAUCUGAAAAAGAAAGCCGCCCGCCGCACACCAGCGUCCCCGAAAAGGAGGAAUAGCAAUAACGCCCCUAGCAACACGCCAUCAUUCCGCCACCCAACUCUCAAGAGAAAGUAUUCGAGCGUGGCGGAAGCGUUUGCGGGAGAAGGGGAGGAUCUAGGAGAGGUAGGGGCUAGCGCGGCCCAGAGCGAUGAAUCGUAUACCAGCCCGGGAGGCGACUACGAUAACGCUGACGAAGAUGAUGGGGAAGAAGAAGAAAUGCUCGUCGUGGCAGCAGAGCAGGAGGCGAGCCCCAGCAGGCGGGAUCCUAGGCUAAGACCAAAGCCCGAGGAGUUAGGUGCGGCCUUUAUGAGAGAUCUCGCCGCAGCUAUUCGUCUCAGUGAUGAAAGCGGAAGUUUACACUGACCCCGGCCAGGGUUGGAGUACGGCUUCUACCUUUUCAAUCUUUUAAUAAUUGAUGUGGCUAUCUACUUAACAGUGAAGGAGGUGAUAGGUGCAGGGGGCUAGAGAGAGCUGGUGGGCUUACAAAAGUAUGAGCGCUGUUUCUCACCUACGUGUGUACGUACCUAGCCUAAGCUACACCUUGCAUAUGUACGUCCAGAUACCCAAGACACCGAAGUUAGGUGUCUAUAUAUUUUAUAUUUUCCAGUGGAUGGCUCAAAUUCGAGUAGUUAUGCUAAUAGGUAGAUCAAAGCAUACCGCCACAUUAAUACCA